AUCAAUAACAUCAUUUACCAAAUACUUUACUUAAACAUCCUUCCAUGGCAGCACCUCUCUCAUUCUCCACAAUCGCAUUUCUUGCCGAUUUGUUCACCUGAAUCUCAAUUCUAAAAUAAGCUGAGUGGGGGCUGUAUGGUAAUAGAGGGUCUGAUAAAAAAACAUUUGGUGUAAAGUCAAAGCUCUGCACCAGUGGAACCAAGGUGAACACAGAUUGUUCAUUUACCAUAUAUGGCUCUCCAAGCCACAGAGAAAUAUUUAUCAGAUUUGCUCACUGGCAACCCCCGCCCACCCCAUAGAUUCUCAUGGUACAGCCAUCCAAGUAACUCCAUGUCAAGUCCAUUUGACAGCCAGCGUGGUUUGGUACAUCUGCCAAAUGGAGGAGAGGUGGAUACUGAGAUGAAGCUAUGUCCUUACAAUGCAAAACGGAACCACAAUGAUUCUGCAGAAACCAACCAGAGGAACAGCAAACACCUAGCGGCAAGUCAUUCAGAAGAAUCCGAGCCCUUAUCCGAUAUGUGCUACGAUGCAUUGCUCGGCCCCAUAGGCAGAAACAUCACCAAACUAGAAAACUCUGGAUCCAAGGCGGGAGGUAGAAACCGGCGUGGGAGAAAGAAAGGAGAAACAAAAAAGGAAUUUGUGGAUAUCUGUGGCUUACUCUCCCAAUGUGCGCAGUCCAUGGCGGUUAAUGACAUCAGAGCGGUUACCGAGGCUCUGAAGAAUAUAAGAAUGCACGCUUCCCCUCACGGCAAUGGAACAGAAAGGAUGGCGUUCUAUUUCGCCAAUGCGCUCGAGGCACGCUCAAAUGGAACAGCCACAUCACUCUACGCAUCAAAGCAUCCCAACAAUAUCUCAGCUGCGGAUAUCUUCAAAGUUCAUUGGAUGUAUAUCAAUGCAAGCCCCUUCAAGAGAGUAUCAGCUAUGAUGGCAAACAAAUGCAUCACAAAGCUUGCAAGUGGAGGAGCAACCAGGCUGCACAUCAUAGAUUUUGGAAUUCAGUACGGGUUUCAAUGGCCAUGUCUCAUCCAAGCUCUCUUGAAGAGGCCAGGUGGGCCUCCAACGCUUCGCAUCACUGGGAUAGACUUCCCCGAGCCCGGGUUCCGUCCCGAUGAGCAGGUCAAGGCCACAGGCCUUCGUCUGGAAAAAUACUGCAAAUCAUACAAUGUCCCGUUCGAGUACAAAGGCAUAGCAAGGAAAUGGGAGAGUAUAUCACUCGAAGACCUCGAGAUUGACAGGGACGGUGAGGUGCUGGUUGUCAAUUGUUUGGAUAGGCUAGGUAAUGUGCCAGAUGACACGCUGGUGCCAAACUGCCCAAGGGACAGUGUGCUCAAUCUGAUCAAGCUCAUCAAUCCAGAUAUGUUCAUCCAUGGGGUUCUGAAUGGGGCCUUCAAUGUUCCAUUCUUUUACACGCGAUUUCGGGAGGCACUCUUUCACUUCUCCUCACUGUUUGACAUGUUGGAGGUAACUGUUCCAGGUGAUGACAAGCAGAGGCUGCUGUUUGAGGAAAUGGUGUUUGGAAGAGAAGUGUUAAAUGUGAUCGCUUGUGAAGGAACGGAGAGAGUGGAGAGGCCGGAGACGUACAAGCAAUGGCAAGUUAGAAGCCUUAGGGCUGGACUCCAGCAGCUCCCGCUCGAUCAAGAGAUUGUCAAGUCUUUGCGGGAGAAAGUGAUAUCGGAUUACGACAAGAACUUCUCCGUGGAAUCAGACGGGAACUGGAUGUUGCAAGGAUGGAAAGGAAGGGUAGUUCAAGCUGUCUCCUGUUGGAAAACUAAAAACAACUAGUUGCAUAUAAGUUUUAAUCCGGUUUAGCAAUGUCCGUUUCUUCGUAUAAUUAAUCUCCUUUAUCAUUCACUCAAGUUCAGUAAUAUGAACCUCCCUGCUUAAUAGAUUUAUCGUGUUAAUAUGGUCAUAUAAUCAAAGGUAGGGAGGGAUUGCUAACACUUAGAACGCCCAAGCACCCAAGAAACUUGAGCUAGGAUGUAUGAAAAUUGAUAACUUGGC